AUGGGUUUCCCAGUGAUGCUCGCCCUGCGCGCCGUGCAGGCCGCCUUCGCCGUUGUGAUUCUCGGCCUCACAGCAUAUGUCGCCAACUGGUACAAUGUCGACACCCUGACGUCGUCACCAUCUCAGGUCAACUUCCUGGUCUUCGUGCCCCUCUUCACCCUCCUUUCCGUCGCCUAUCUCGAGCUGGCUCCUAGAUUUAUGCCCAAGUUCCACCACCCUUGGGCCGUCCUUUCCCUCGAGGCGACCAACGUCGUCUUCUACUUUGCCGGCUUCGUUGCCAUGGCCGUAUUCCUGUCCCGCCUCCUCUUCUGCCGCGGUGCUGUCUGCGGCUCCGCCCGCGCCGCCACCGUCUUCGGCGCCUUCGAGUUCGCCCUUUGGGCCGCCACCACCGCUUUCACCUUCAAGGACGCCCUGCGGGGCCAUUCUGGCGGUUUCCGAAGGGGCGGAUCCGGAAAGACCCAGAUGCAGUUCGAGCAGCGCGCCGGCGGCCCGUCGAUGAAGGAGUCUGCCAUGGCCGCGUGAGGAGGUCGCUUUUCUUCUUCUUCUUCUUCUUCUUUCUCGGAGGAGGAGAGAGGGGAACUGAGCGUGGAUCAGGUGUUGAAGGCUUGGGCGGAUCGGAUGGCUGGGAAAAGGUCGGCGUUGAUGGGAGCUGUGCCAGAGGAGGAGGAGGAGGAGGAGGAGUGGGAGCUUGCGACGUUUGUGGGGAGCGAGGAUGAGGUCGUUGCUGGGAAGAGGGCCUGGUUGAUGAGAGCUGCCGAUUAGAUGCGCCAGCUGUGCUGGCUGGCUCGCGGUAUGAUAAGGAAAAUAGGUAAUGAGCUGUACUUUGUCUUUUUUUUUUACGAUUGUAUUAGAAGAAUCAGGUCGGAAUGGACCGGAUUGGCUGGCCCCGAGGAUCGAAUUUGGGUCAUUCAGAUACCGGCGGCACGGAGGCCUUGGGACCAGGCAAGAUGCCAUGUCCUCAUGUUGUCAAUGACAGUCCUAUAUGAAUUGAUUAUGGUCCUCCUUACCCU